AUGGCCGCCAGCUUUUCAAGGUUUCCUUGCUGAUUCUGUUUCACCCAUGGUAGCAUGGCUGAGCCCCAGCUUGUCUUUCAGGAGACGCUCGUUGAAUUGUCGCGGUGUUUGAGCCCGGUUCCUCCAGUCCCACAGACAGACGCCGACUGCACAGUGUUGCUUCAGCUAGUGACCGCCUCGGCCGCUCCGGGACACGAGGAGGAAGUCGAACAGAGCGUGCACCACAAGGCGUCUGAGGUCGCCCAGGUGUGUUUGAAGCUUGUUGAGGCAGCGAGGGCCGCCGUUCUCGAAAAUGGCGGAUCGCUCGAGGCAGAGUCCGCGGAGGCGUGGAAAGUCAUUGACGUGACGUCAUCGAGGAGCUGCAGCAGCCCAGGGUCCGAUGCCUAUGAGUCGAGCAACGAGGGGCAUUUUGAUGUGGAUAAUGGAGAUGGAAGUAAAGGAGAUGGUAAUUUUCAGCAGACAGACUUGUCCGACUCCUCAGAGCUUGACUCCUCAGGGGAGUGUUCACUUCAGCCCAAGAGUAUCCUCAGAGAUGCUGCUGCCCCUCUACUUGUCCUGUGUGGCGCCCACUCCCAGGACUGGCCAUGGACCAGCAAGAAAUCCCGCACAAUAACUAAGAAACUGCUCCAGACCUUAUUGGAUGUUUUCAAUUGUGAUAAAGUGUCCGAUCUACUUUGUGGACCCAGAGACGAGGAACCUAAAUGUAAAAUCUUUAGGGAAGCUUUGGAAUUAUUGACUCCUCGACUCUGCAAGGACACUUGGGAAUCAAAUCCGGAUGCAAAGUUCAUUUUCUCCUGGAUGCUUCACCAGGUACCCCGGCCAUGGCUCUCAGAGUUUCUUUGCAGGGUUUUGCCUCCCUCUCUUCUGAUCUCUGAUGAUUUUCGGAUAGAGAACAAAGUACUGGGUAUAUCAUGUCUACAUCACAUCAUCAAGAAUGUGCCUGCAGCAGAAUUACGACAGUUUAACCAGGCAGUAGUAUUAUACCAUGCAUUGCGUAAUCACCUGUGUACCACAGAUGCUGCUGUUAUUGAGGUAGGCCUCCCCUGUCUACUGGACCUUCUUCCUGUUCUCCAGAAAGCCCCUCCAGCAAUUGGGGAAUAUCAAAAAGAGGGAGACAAUCCCGCUGACCAAGUCAUGCAGCUGGUCCUUACAAACAUGGAGAUGGAGCACAGGAUUGACCUCCGCAGACUGUAUGCUCGCUACCUUCCCACCCUUCAGGACAGGCUUCAAUUCAGGGUGGUUCGACAUAUGAAGAGACUAUUACAAGUUAUAGUUGGGUACCUAGAGAUCAAUGAUGGAUUAGAAGAAAUUUCCAGACUCUGCAUCCUGGAAACCUUGCAAGGGACGAUCAUAUAUGCAUGGCCAAGAAUCCCUUGCAGGCUUCCACUUCUCUUAAAAACCCUUUUGAAGCUGAUAUAUGAGAUCACCUGUGAGCCAAAUUCGCUUCCUGAGCCAGUGACUGAAGCUUUGCUAAAUGGUGCUACAGAGUGCCUGGUGUUAUUAAACCGAUGCUGCAAGGGGCAGGUUAAGAUUGCCCUGAAAGGAAUCCCCUCUCUGUGCAAUGAACCCAGACUGGUAAACUGUAUCAAGAGACUUCAACAGAAUACAUAAUUUAUGCAAUAACAUGAUCAAUAAACAUUCUUAUUUACUCUGGCUCCUUAUUUAUUUGUUUAAAAAAAAUAUAGCUGUAAACUGGAG